AUGUUACUGCAUCCCGCGGCUGGCAGCGAGCGGCUGUCGUUGAUUACUCUCAAGGCCUCAUCUUUCUUCCCCCUUCCUGCGUUGCACAGCUGGCUUUGCAAGCUGGCCAUAGAUUUUUUCGUUUCGGCAUUCGCGUCAUAUCCCAGUAAGCCAGAGUCGGCGGGCAGUUGGAGAGUCGGAGCAUGGCUAUCCUUUGGCACUCGGGGAUGCUUGGGACCUACAUUGCCAGGAGAACACGAUAUGCCCUCCCCUUCUACCAUCCCAGAACCCUCCCACAUGACCGAAAACUCCCGCCCUAUCUUCUUCACCCCGUGCGCCUGUGUAGCAUCCUCCUCAUCGUCACCUUCUCCUCCGUCACACUCUUCCUCCUCUUUCAUGCUCGGUCUCUCGCGGCAGUCUUCAUCGGUCACCGCUGGCGUCUACAGGAGCUAUUCAUACCCGCCCCUUGGAGCAUCGUUCCGCUUAUCGAGCCACCCUCGCCUCAUCCCGUGCGCCUGGCCACGACAGACACCGUGUACGACGCUUUUCUCGCGCCGUCGGCGGCCCAGGCCGUUGCAGACGCCCGAAUUCGUCCAAUACGCGCCCAUGAUGCAAUCCCAUAUGACUGUCUCGACAACUGGGUCGCGACUGGGAGGUGGGAAGCCUCGUGUCUCCACGGAAUGGUGCAUGAAUCGCAGAUAGAUUUGGUGUAUGUUUGGGUCAAUGGCUCCGAUGCAUUGCAUUCACAAUCUAGAGCAGAAUUGCUCGCGCGGUUGGGGUAUGAGACCAAGAAUGCGCGGUUUAGGGAGCACGACGAGCUGCGGUAUUCCUUGCGGGCGGCGCGCCAGGCCACAAAAGGGUGGCCGCAUAGCGCGUGGCAUCUCGUUACGGCUGACGUCAAGACGCCCAAUGAAACACGGCUGGACAGCAUGUCUCAUUACGAGCGUGCAGCGGUGUCCAUUGCGCGGGACGACGAGAUGGGCAUCGUUGGCAACGGAGAGGAGAGCCGGGAGAAACGGUUGGGCUUGGUACCCCAGUGGCUAGACAUCGACUGCGCUUUCAAUGCGAGUCGAAGUCAGGUGAGAAAUAAUGGAAACAGUGAGCAUCCGCCGAUAAUAUUGCAUCACGACACUCAGCUUUUUCGAUACUCGAACGACCCUGAGGUCCCGGUAGAACCAGAACAUAUUGCGAAUUGGCUGGCAAAGGUUAUGCCAAGCUUCAAUAGCCACGCCAUCGAGUCCCAGCUCGCCAACCUCCCACCAGACAUUGUCGCGGACCAGAUUGUGGCCAUGAACGACGACCAGUUCCUCACGCUGCCGACUCCACCAUCCGCCUUCCACACCACGCUGUACGGGUCAGUUCUUCGCAUGGACCCCGAGCUGCUGGUCGGCGGGGACAACACCGGUGCCGGUGAUGGAGGUGGGGAGUGGCGCUCGAUCCCGUGGAGCGCACAUCUGCUAGAUGAACGCUUCGGGAAACGAAAGCGCCCGUACAUGAAGCACAUCUCCCGCUCGUUGUCAUUACCUCUUCUCCAUGAAGCCCUGCUUGCAUUUGGGAAACCGUUCGCCGCGACGCCGCUAUCGCAGUUCCGUGGUUCCCAUUUUGCCUCGCGUGAAUGGGAGGUGAACACAAUCUUUCUUGCGUCGCAUUUUGUUAUCGAGCGUCAUAGGGAGGCGCUACUUUGGAGCUGGGUUGUGGGUAAAUGGGGCGGGGUGAUUGGGGUAUUGGAUGCGGAGACCAAGUUCAAGAUGUGGGUGGAGAUGGGCGGGGAGAGCAUGGGGAAGACGAUGCUUAACCUGAAGGAGGCAAAACGGACGACAUUGGCCGACGUGGAGAGGAACCUGCGCCGAGCAGGGGUCAAACCGCCGCGGGGUAAAGGCCAAAUGGACACAAAUUAUUAUUGGGUCUCAAUGGACGGAUAUAGUGCCUCAUGGAUGAACCUCGCCGAGCGCAUCCACAUAACCCCGGCGUGUCUCGGGAACCACACAGAGGCGGCGUGGGCAAUGUUCCGUAGACUAGUAAUGAACGAUCUCGCGUGCGGAGACCAGAUCAUUUCCUCGUUGAUGUACUCCACCCGCAGCGGCCUAGGCAUCUUUCUCCCGCCCACACCGAGUUUUCCCGUAGCCUCUGACGAGCCGAUAACCCUCCCACUCGUUCUCCCAACCACGCGGCCGUUCUUUCCCUCCAACCCCCGCGCAUUCGCCGUGCGCCUGAUUCAGCGCUACGCCUACGUGCUGGGCCACUCCCCGGCGUACUUCAUCGGGCCCAAAAACUCGCAGCAGAUGGACGCGCAGCUGCGAACGGCGGACAAGUUGCGCUACGCGGGGCUAUUGUGCAUUAACGAUGACCUCGGCGACGACGAAAGCGAUAUUACGCGGGCGGAGGCCGUAUUGAAGGCGUGGUUUGCGAUGCGGUGGCCAGAGCGGCUGGAGUGCGAGAUCGGAUGA